UGCUGAUGGACGGAACCGACCGAAUACAGUCUGGAGGAGACAAGAGGGACAACAGGAGCGCCCGGUCGUUCAUGAGCGCAACAAUGGAGAGGGGUGGUGCUCGUGGUAUUUAGAGAAUACCAAAGGUUGUCUCUCUUGGCGCCUGUUUGUGUUCAGCGACAGGAUGCGCAGCAGCAUCUCCAUGGAUCUUUAAAACACUGAUGCGGGAUAUGCGCCGAAAACCGCCUGUGGAUGCAACGAAAAGUACUGGAUUCUUAAUUUGAAGGAGAGAAACAGCGGAGGAAAGCGCAGGGAAACGAACAGAUCACUAAUUGUCGUUAUUCCUCCUUUUUUGGGUGGGUUUGUCCAUCAGCUCUGGAGGAGGAGGGAACCUUCAAGAAGUUUGUGCGCGGCGUUAAUAUUUUACCUGAGGGUGAACGCUGCAAAAGUAGACGCACAUCUCACGGUUGGCUUCUUUAUUUCUAACUGGGGGGUCGUUAUGAAGUGUUAGUGAGGCCCCUGGAGAAGCUUGGACACCGGAGAUCGGGGCCUGGGCGCACCGCGUCUAUUGAGACGGACCCGCGCAGCAGCAGCAGCAACAGCAGCAAGCAGCGCACCACCUGGAAACUAUACGGUCCGCCAGACGCACCAAACCCACAAGACCCUCUCCUCUCUCUUCUCCCCCCCUUCCUUUGCUCCUCUCUUCUUUAUCUCUUCCCUCCUCGUCUCUCCUUCUUACCAACCGGGAUUUUGUUUUCUUCAGGCUGGUGUGGACUUUACAGCCACGACAAAAACUGAUCAUGCGAUGACUGAGCGCGCUUUGGGCACAUCUACCGAGUCCAUUGCAGGAGGUGAAUGAUGGCCGAGGAUGGGGGAAAUCUCUCCGGGGCCCCCGACGCCAGGGGCUCGGAGGAUCGCUCCUCUCUGCCGAGGACUUUCAUCCGGCUCAACGACCUGUCCGGGGUCGGGAUAGGAGGCGGGGAGCGCGGCGAAGUGGUGGUGGAGCCGGCGUCCCCAGCGCCUGACGGGAUCUCUACAGCCGGGGAGGAUGCGUCAGCGAGCGGCGGGGAGAGCCUUCCCUACCCCACCCUGGCCCCCGUAGUCUUCUUCUACCUGAAACAAACCACCCGGCCUCGGAGCUGGUGUCUGAAGAUGGUCUGCAACCCAUGGUUCGAGCGAGCGUCCAUGUUGGUGAUCCUGCUGAACUGUGUGACACUGGGCAUGUUUCAUCCCUGUGAGGACAUCGACUGUGACUCUGAGAGGUGCAAGAUCCUGCAGGACUUCGAUGACUUCAUCUUUGCAUUCUUUGCCAUUGAGAUGGUGAUUAAGAUGGUGGCUCUGGGGAUUUUUGGCAAGAAGUGUUACCUUGGAGACACGUGGAAUCGCCUGGACUUCUUCAUAGUGGUAGCUGGGAUGCUGGAGUACUCCCUCAACCUGCAGAACGUCAGCUUGUCAGCGGUGAGGACGGUUCGCGUGCUGAGACCUCUGAGAGCCAUCAACCGAGUGCCAAGUAUGCGUAUCCUGGUGACCCUGCUGCUGGACACCCUGCCCAUGCUGGGUAACGUGCUGCUGCUCUGCUUCUUCGUCUUCUUCAUAUUCGGCAUCGUAGGCGUCCAGCUGUGGGUCGGCCGGCUCAGAAACCGCUGUUUUGUGGAGGACGUCAUCAACUUCCCUCUCCCUAAAUACUACCACACUGAAAACGACGACGAGAACCCCUUCAUCUGCUCUCAGACCCGAGAUAACGGCAUGAGGGACUGCAACUCUGUGCCCAAGCUGUAUGAGGAAGGUGGAAUUCAGUGCAACCUGGACAUGUACACCAACAGCACUGAUAACACCACCUGCAUCAACUGGAACCAGUACUACACCAACUGCUCUGAUGGUAUGGUCAACCCAUUUAAGGGGGCCAUCAACUUCGACAACAUCUUCUAUGCCUGGAUUGCCAUCUUUCAGGUGAUCACUCUGGAGGGCUGGGUGGACAUCAUGUACUUUGUGAUGGAUGCACACUCCUUCUACAACUUCAUCUACUUCAUCCUACUCAUCAUUAUUGGCUCAUUCUUCAUGAUCAAUCUAUGCCUGGUGGUCAUCGCCACUCAGUUCUCAGAAACCAAGCAGAGGGAGAGUCAGCUGAUGAAGGAGCAGCGGGUGCGCUUCAUGUCCAAUGCCAGCACUCUGGCCUCCCUCUCCGAGCCAGGCUCCUGCUACAAUGAGCUGCUCAAGUACCUGGUCCACAUCAUCCGUAAGGGGGCCAAACAGGUGGCCCAUAUCUGCAGGCUCUUGGCUCGCCGUGCCGGCCUCAACAUCGCCGCCUCACCACCAGCCACAGAGCCCCAACGUAGCCAGAGAAGGAGGAGGAAGUCCUCCAGGCAGGGAUCUAUGUCGGUUCAUCACAUGAUGCAUCAUCACCAUCACCACCACCACCACCACUACCACUUGGGGAAUGGCAGCGUGAGGGGAGGAGGGAGCAUCAGGUGUCUGGAAGGUAGGGAUGUGGAGGCCGGUGGUCAGAACAACAACGGCGGGGCUCCUGUAACAAGCACUGACACGGAGAUUCUUACUUUAGCCUCACCUCCUUCAGUGACAGCAGCCAGCUCUGAUACAAACCUGGCCAUUUUGUCCAGUCCUGCUGUGGGAGCUGCCGAUUCAUCUUCAGUUCGCAUAUUCCACGCAGAGAGUCUUCGCUGUACCCUCUCGCCCACAAACCUGGGGUCAACCCUGGGCCCCUUCUCCCUUGCCCCGGCUCCAAUGUCCAGAGCCAUGAAGAGGAACUCUGUACCAUUUGCGGCCCCAGGGCCUAAGAACUACCCUACUCUGCAGGCUCGAGCCCUGGCAGAGUCCAGACGAGGGAGUGCUGCCGCCAGCACUCUGACUAACAUCAAUUUUAACCUGAAUAUCCCACCCAUGCCCCUGGAAAGACGGCCAUCAAGUCUGGUGGACACACACACUCCCACAGCCCAGCUCUCCUGCCAGCUGUCAGCCCGUGAUCUUAGCACCACCAGCAGUGCCAUGGACACAGCUGCUCUGACACUGGACCCAGAGAGUUGCCCCUACUGCGCCAAGGCCCUGGCCAACGAAUCAGAAGGUGGCACUGAGGGCAAUGAGACCCCCGGAGACUCCGACAGCGAGGGUGUAUACGAGUUCACCCAGGACCUCCACCACAGGGACAGGAGAGACAGUCGUCAGCCCAAAAAGAAGCACUGUAGGCUGAGCAGAACUGCUGCGAAUGUUGUUCGCUUCUGGAGGCUGGUGUGCGACACAUUUAGGAAGAUCGUGGACAGCAAGUACUUUGGACGAGGGAUUAUGAUCGCCAUCCUGAUCAACACUCUGAGCAUGGGGAUCGAGUACCAUGAGCAGCCUGAUGAGUUGACCAACGCGUUGGAGAUCAGCAACAUUGUGUUCACCAGCCUGUUCUCUCUGGAGAUGCUGCUGAAGGUGUUGGUCUACGGGCCCUUCGGCUACAUCAAGAACCCCUACAAUAUCUUCGAUGGCAUCAUCGUGGUCAUUAGUGUGUGGGAGAUCGUGGGUCAACAGGGUGGCGGUCUGUCCGUGCUGAGGACCUUCCGGCUAAUGCGGGUGCUGAAGCUGGUCCGUUUCAUGCCUGCCCUGCAGAGACAGUUGGUGGUGCUGAUGAAGACCAUGGACAACGUGGCCACCUUCUGCAUGCUGCUCAUGCUCUUUAUCUUCAUCUUCAGCAUCCUCGGAAUGCAUCUGUUUGGUUGUAAGUUUGGGUCUGAGAGGGAUGGAGACACCCUGCCAGACAGGAAGAACUUUGACUCUCUUCUCUGGGCCAUAGUGACUGUCUUCCAGAUCCUAACCCAGGAGGAUUGGAACAAGGUAUUAUAUAACGGCAUGGCUUCCACUUCUCCGGUAGCUGCCCUGUACUUCAUCGCGCUCAUGACCUUUGGCAACUACGUCCUCUUCAACUUGCUGGUGGCCAUCUUGGUCGAGGGUUUCCAAACAGAGGAAGUGUCCAAGCGGGAGGAAUUGCAUGCCCAGCUGAGCCUAAUUCAGCUGCCUGUAGACUCAGGGGGUGACGCUUCUAAAUCGGGUUCGGAGAUCGAUUCCUGUGCACGAAGUAUGGAGGAUGUUAACGGCAGCAAGAAGGAUUUAUCAGCCUCUGCAGUAGUGCCUGUAAAUGGUCACGUGGACCUGAAGACCAACUUGACUCCACCUCUAAUUACCCACACGGCAGCCACCCCCAUGCCCGUACCCAAGUUGCCCGUCCCAGGUGACCCCAUCAUUGGCUACGAGUGCCGCAGAGGCAGCAACGUCUCCGUAGACCCGGCCUGCUAUGACAAAUCACCGACCAGUGCCCGGAGCUCUUCUCCCCAUCCCCCAUGGAGCUCUGGCAGCGGAAGGACCAGCCGGCGGUCCAGCUGGAACAGCCUGGGUCGUGCCCCGUCGCUCAAACGGCAGAAGCGGCAGUCUGGGGAGCGGCGGUCUCUCCUCUCCGGGGAGGGUGGCUCUAGCUCGGAAGAAGGAGAAGGUGGAGGAGAAGGAGGGUUGAUGGAGGAUGAUGACGCAUCUCUGGCCAGAACGGACUCCAUGUCACAGUCGCAGAGGGGGCCCCGACACCGGAGGAUGGAGUCAGUGGAGACCCGGAGCUCCAUGGAUUUGCCUCCUGAUGCUCUGCUGCAGGUGCCCUACCUGUACCGCUCAGCCAGUAUGCACAGUUCCAGACCCCCUUCACUGGGCCACCUGCGGCCCUCAGAGCACAGCGACUGUAAUGGGAAGGGCUCUCCGUCAGCCCUAGGCCCGACACAUGUCUCUCUGGAGGACAACACUGAAGACGAGAACGCAGAAGAGGAGGUCAGCCUGGGUCGUUUUGCCAGACUGUUCCGCUGGCUGGAGAAGAAACAGCCAGAGUGGUGUCGACAGAGAGACACCUGGUCACUCUACCUCUUCCCUCCAGAGUCAAGGUUUCGGAUCGUGUGCAAUAAGAUCAUCACCCACAAGAUGUUUGACCAUAUCGUGUUGGUCAUCAUCUUCCUCAACUGCAUCACUAUCGCCAUGGAGAGGCCACGCAUCGACCCCGCCAGCGCUGAGAGGAUCUUCCUAACAUUGUCCAACUACAUCUUCACAGCGAUCUUUGUGGCAGAGAUGACUAUAAAGAUCGUAGCUUUGGGCUGGUGUUUCGGAGAAAAGGCCUACCUGAGGAGCAGCUGGAACAUUCUGGACGGGAUGUUGGUGAUGAUUUCUGUUAUCGACAUCCUGGUGUCUCUCAUCUCCAACUCUGGUACCAAGAUCCUGGGCAUGCUCAGAGUGCUGAGGCUUCUCAGGACCCUGAGGCCGCUACGUGUGAUCAGCAGAGCCCCGGGGUUGAAGCUGGUGGUUGAGACCCUGAUGUCCUCACUGAAGCCCAUCGGCAACAUCGUGGUCAUCUGCUGCGCCUUCUUCAUUAUCUUUGGCAUCUUGGGAGUACAGCUCUUCAAGGGGAAGUUUUUUGUUUGUCAAGGAGAAGAUGUGAGGAACAUCACCAACAAGUCAGACUGUCUGCUGGCCAGCCACAAAUGGGUCAGACACAAGUACAACUUUGACAACCUGGGACAGGCUUUGAUGUCUCUGUUUGUUCUGGCAUCAAAAGACGGCUGGGUAGAUAUCAUGUAUGACGGACUAGACGCUGUAGGAGUUGACCAACAGCCGGUAAUGAACUACAACCCGUGGAUGCUGCUCUACUUCAUCUCCUUCCUGCUGAUCGUGGCCUUUUUCGUGCUCAACAUGUUCGUGGGCGUGGUGGUGGAGAACUUCCACAAGUGCCGGCGCCACCAGGAGGCCGAGGAGGCCAAGCGCAGGGAGGAGAAGAGACUGAAACGCAUGGAGAAAAAGAGACGGAAUUUAUUGGUUCCGGGGGUGAGUUGGGCCCUCUCUGAAGGCACACUGAAAGAAGCUCAGAGUAAGCCCUACUACUCUGAUUACUCCCGCACCCGCCUGCUCAUCCACAAGAUGUGCACCAGCCACUACCUGGACCUGUUCAUCACCAUCGUCAUAGGGCUCAACGUCAUCGCCAUGUCCAUGGAGCACUACCAGCAGCCUGAGGAGCUAACCGAGGCAUUGAAGAUUUGUAACUACGUCUUCACCCUCAUCUUCGUUCUGGAGUCCGUCUUCAAGCUGGUGGCCUUCGGCUUCAGGCGUUUCUUCAAGGACAAGUGGAACCAGCUGGAUCUGGUCAUCGUGCUGCUGUCCAUCAUGGGCAUCACUUUGGAGAAGAUCGAGGAGGCUUCUCUGCCUAUCAACCCCACCAUCAUCCGCAUCAUGAGAGUGCUGAGGAUCGCACGAGUAUUGAAGCUCUUGAAGAUGGCGGUGGGCAUGAGAGCUUUGCUGGACACCGUUAUGCAAGCCCUGCCUCAGGUGGGGAAUCUGGGUCUUCUCUUCAUGCUCCUCUUCUUUAUCUUUGCAGCGCUGGGAGUGGAGCUGUUUGGUGACUUGAUCUGCGAUGAGCUCCACCCAUGUGAAGGUCUGGGGCGCUACGCCACGUUCAAAAACUUUGGGAUGGCAUUUCUGCUGCUCUUCAGAGUUUCCACAGGAGACAACUGGAAUGGCAUAAUGAAGGACACAUUAAGGGACUGUGCCAAUGAGACCAGCACCUGCUACAACACUGUGGUCUCUCCCAUCUACUUCGUCUCCUUCGUUUUGACCGCUCAGUUUGUCCUAGUCAACGUCGUCAUUGCUGUCCUGAUGAAGCACCUGGAGGAGAGCAACAAGGAAGCAAAGGAGGAGGCUGAGCUGGAGGCCGAGUUGGAGCUCGAGAACAGGCUCCAGGCGGAAGCAGCAGAGAUGGCGACGCGAUCACCCCAGCUUAACCCUCUGACUCCGGCCAUGGACAGGUCAAGUUCUGGGGGUUCCCCCUGGAGGUCCACCGGAGGAGGGGACAGAGAGCAGGAAAGGGACGGUCCUAUGGACUCGCCCACUGCUGAUAUAACCAGAGACUCUGUAAACAUCAGAGAUGACCCUGCUUUAUGCAUGGAGACCCCACUGGAGUUUGUCCAGCGGAGAGCGCAGUUUGACUCGGUCUCCCUGGUCAUCCAGGGUUCAAUGGAGGGAGAGUUGAGUUUGAUGGACAACCUGUCUGGUUCUAUCUGCCACUACUACGCGCUGCCCCCCAAGCCCAGCAAGCACAGCACCGACAAGAAGACAGAGCAGCUCGACCCCGGGGAGCCACUGGAGGACAACCUGCUGAGUGUCAGGAAGCCCACAGUGGGACGCACACACUCCCUGCCCAACGACAGCUACAUGUUUCUCCCCCCGCAACCUUUCGGCCAACCCGCCACUCCAGCACAGCUUCUAGCACAGUCACAGGGGCCCCAGCACAUACUGGGCACCCACAGGGCCCAAUCAGGCUCCAGUGGAUCGGUGCGUUCACAACCGGAGGAGUUUUCCCAGCAGCUGGCUGUUCCCACAGACCUCUUCAGACCCAUCAGCCCCCAUAGCCACUCAGACUCGGAGAGCAUACCACGACUACCCCCUCCCAGACGCGCACACACGCUCAGCCGCACGCUCCGCAGACAGCUCAGCUGGGCCCAAAAGCCGCCCGACCCUGAGCUACUGCUCAAACACAGAUACUCCUGUUUCUGAACAGCCACAAACAGUGGACUUUAGCUACCACUGGGCCUUUCAGAAACACUGGACUCCCAUGUUCAUCUUCCAAGAGACAGACUGACUUAACACACACACACACACACACACACACAGGCAUCCCUCCUCCUUUUCUUUUGUCACUCAUUAGAUUUUGGUCUACUGCUAAGCAUCAGCCACAAAGCAUCUAAAACUCUCUGUCAGGUAUCUUUACCUGAAGGAACUUUGAGUUCAUGAACUCUUCUCUGUUCUUCUGCAAGUGUCAGGAGCUAGGUGUAGCAUUGCAUCAGUGGAUUAUUCGGUAGCCAAGUGAUAGAAUGUACUGAAGCCAGACGCAGAUGUUAUUUGGCUGAGAGGUUUUCCCACAAUGCAGUGCACUUACUACACUACAAACUAUACAACUCAGGGGAUUGCUACAGAACAGCAAGUGCUGUCCAUAUGCAUUUGGCCAUUUUGUACACACAGUACCACAGUGAUAGAGCACUUGUGAAUUUUCUAUUGACUAGCUUUAGUGCUUGAAACGUACAUAGUUGUUAACCAGAGUACAGUAGUUAUUGCACUUAACCCGAUUUUGCUUCAAAACGUCUGACAGGGUGAUCUUUUUUUUAAAAGUAUUGUUCCAGUAUGCACUGUUAUUAGUAGUGACUUGGUGUUGUAUUGCCGUGGCUGGUGAUUGGCCUAGCCCGGUUGUGAUAUCUUUGACCACUAGGUGUCCCUGUGGUCACACCAUUCAGGCUCAUGCAGGGAAACUCAUGAUUCCAAACAUUUUGAAGUGCUGUGGCCUAAAACUCAUGCAUGCCUUGUUUCCUCUAUAGAUUAAAGAUGUUUGAAUUGACCCGAUUUAACGCAAUUAAAUUCAAAUACUGUUCAUAUCCUCUCCACAGUUUGUGGUCCAUGAGGAACAAGUCAUGAGUUCAUGAGGACAAUUUAUGAGUUUUGGCACUCAUUGUGCUUACUAACCCUUCCUCUCCAACAGAAGCUACAUUUAUUAUGUUUACCCUCUGACUGUUGGCCUCACACCCUGCAGACGGUUUUAGUUCAGAGGUGAGGAUGACGGCAUGGAAACUCUGAUCUCAAUUUGGUUGUAAAUUUAACUGAGAAACUGUGCUGCAGGGUUUUGUGUGAAUGGUCAAAGGUUAAAGGUGGUCAUGCUCAGAGUUCACUGUGUCAGCCGGCGCUCAGUCAACUGAGUAAACUAAAAAAAAAAAAAGCAGCGUACACAUUCAGUUGAUAUGUAAUAUCCAGAAACGUCUAUGAUCUAGUAAAUUGAGCCAUGAUUGACAGAAAAAUGCAGCAAGUCUAUAUUUAGGUGAAGGUUUCUUAAAGCAAAGUCAUUUUGUCUAAAAGAUUCAUGACUAUGAUGUUAAGAGGAGUGUUUUUUGUCUCCUUCCAGACAUGUAAAACUAAAAAUAGUCUGCUUUAAAUAAUGAUUUGGGUUUGAAACAAAAAGUUCAAUUAAUUUGUAGUUUGUUUUUAGUGAAAACAUGUUGAAGUGACUCUACCUCAUUAAAAGAUCCAGAAUCUACCAGUAUGUAAAGAUUUCCAAAGUUUAAUUGCUGUACACAAGAUCUAAGACUUGUCCACUCUCUGUGUCGGGUUGCAUAUUGGAUCACGAUUGGCUUCUAAACUAUCUGUGAUGUCACAAAGUCCUGCUGGUAUGCACAUGCACUUUCCCCCCUUCAGCAGACGAACGUGAAAACAGCCUUCUGGUGUAAAUACAUCAUUCUGCACAGUGAAGCUCAAAUAUACAAGAAGUGACGCCACGACAGUAAUUAAUUUCUGAGUGGAGGCGGAGGGGAUUUAACAUUUAUUCCCCUCAGCUGUGAAUGUAGAAAAAUGUCUCUCCCUCGACAGAAGCACUGUGCAAUAAAUUAAAGAAACGAAACCAAAGAACACAUUUAAUAAUAACACCAAAUGCUGUUUGCUCAACUUUGCUCCAGCAGUGUGUUGGCAUCAUAUAAUUCAUGGAAGAUUGUUGUAAGUUCAAUUUAACUCCUUCGCUGCCACCAGUGAAGAGUGCAGAGAGGGCUGAGGCCGGUCACACUGUGAACUUUGACCCAGAUUGCUGCUUUCCAUCCUCAUCACCUCACACUAACUAGUCUCCCCCUCUCAUCCUCCCUGAUCCUCUCCAUACCCCCGAUCUCCUCCAUUUCCCCCUCCCUUCCUCUCAUCACAUAUUUACCUCCUCCUCUUCACCCCUCUCUCCUAAAUAUUUCAUCCCACCUGCUCUCCUCUUCCCUCCAU